AUAGACGUAAAGUGUCAAUUGUUGUAAACCGUUUCUUUUUUCACAUUUUUGUUUCCAGUCAUAGUACCAGAGACACAAAGCAGAAAUAAUGGCACCGAUUCCUAUCACGUAAUGCCAAACCAUUGUCCUGAUCACCGCAACGAUUGUUACUGUGAUGUUAUACCCAAUAUGAAACUAGGCCUACUAGUGCAAAAUUAAUGCUAGGUGUGGACUUUAUACCGGGUCUAAAGAGACAACAAGAUAGACUUAUAGCAAAAUUGUAUCGUUGUCACUGCAGCUAGCGCUGGACAAGGUGACGAUAACCGAUUUCCUGAUAUGGCACAGCAUUUGAGUGGUCAAGAGGUGGACGUUGUGGUGGUAGGAGGUGGCCUCUCUGGACUGACUGCAGCUUAUCACAUACAUAGAAAAGAUCCCGGCCUCAGAGUUCUGGUCUUGGAAGCCAAAGAUCGGGUUGGAGGAAGGACUUUCACAGUUGAAGUUGACAAUGGAGUUGGUAAAGAAACAUGGGAUCUAGGAGGACAGUGGGUUGGCAGGUGUCAACCUCACAUAACCAAACUGUUGAAUGAGCUGGGUCUGAAAACCUACCCUCAGUACAUACAGGGAAGGAAGUUUAUGCAGCUAGGAGGAGAUGCUGUGACCAGUUACACCUCCAACAUACCAUCGCUGUCUGGACUGGCUCUGAUUGAUCUACAGCGUAUGAUCAACCGUGUAGAGAAACUGAGGAAGAAGGUGGAUGCCAGAGAUCCAUACAAUUGUCAACAUAAGAAAUGGGCUGCGGAGCUUGAUGGUAUGUCACUGGACAGCUUUAUGAGGAAGUACAUGUGGACUAAGGGUGCGAUGGAAUGCAUCGAUGCUGCGAACCGCACAGUUUUGGGAGUGGAGGCGUCUCAAGUCUCUGUACUUUUCUACGUCAUGUAUGUGUCUGCGGCUGGGGGCAUUCAGCCCUUAAUAGAGUCAUCAGAGGGCACUGGACAGGAGUCUAAGAUCAUUGGUGGUUCACAGCAGAUAUCCAAUUUGUUAGUGGACGAGGUUGGAAAAGAUAACGUACUCCUAGAGCAUCCUGUUGAUGCUAUCAAACAGGACGACAAUGGUGUACACAUAUCAUGUAAAAAUGGAACAUGUGUGACUGCAAAACGUGUUGUCAUAGCGACACCUCCACAGUUAACAGGGAAAAUAACAUUCUCCCCUCCAUUACCGCCUGAAAAACAGCAGAUAAUGAAGAGGAUGGUGAUGGGUGACAUAAUUAAAGUUAUCAUCACUUUUAAAGAGGUGUUCUGGCGGUCAGCUGGUCAGUCUGGAGAGGUAGUGACCGAUGGUGGUCCGACACGUAUGCCAGGAUGUGAUCGAGGCCCUCUUUGUAUCGUGUAUGAUAACACAUCCUACAAUGGAACUCCAGCACUUCUCGCCUUUAUAGGUGGAAAAGCAGCUGUUCAGUGGCGAUGCCAGGAGGCUCUGGACAGAAAGUCUGCUGUGCUGAAGUCACUAUCAGAGUUUUUUGGCCCCAAAGUUUGGUCAUAUGUAGACUAUAUAGAGAAGGACUGGGGACUGGAACCCUACAUUGAGGGGGCACCCACCAGCUCUGUGGCUCCAGGAUCCAUGGAAUAUCUUGUCAAGGGGCUUCGACAUCCCUUUCUAAAGAUUCACUUUGCUGGCACAGAAUCGGCCACAGUGUGGUGUGGAUUUAUGAAUGGGGCCGUACAGGCAGGACUUCGAGCUGCUAAUGAAGUCCUAUACCAUCUACGCCCUCAGUUAGUGUCGCCCUCAGAACUCCUUGACACAGUAUAUGGCCCAGACGCAAAAUCCCUUCCAGAUCCAAACAGUAGGCAACCUAAUAAGGCAUUCAGAUGGAUGAUUGGACUUUUGGUUUUUAUUGGUGGUGCUUGGUACCUUAGAAGAAAACUAAGAUGAUUUUUGUCUGACAAAGUUUAUGUCUGGGUAUACAUACAUUGUAAAGCUAAAUAACACUAAACAGAAUAGAUUCCAUUGUUAUACUUUUAUUUGUUUCGCUGACAAAAAAUAUUUUACAUGAAUUCAUGUUUUGAAAAACUGAAAGUGUCAUGGUCUCAGAUGCUAAAUCUGAUAUGUGUGGAGACAAAGCACACUAUUUGUUACUGGAACAGGGAAAUAUUUUUAUAUAUAUUCGUUAAAAACAUUUGUUGAAUUGCCAUUAUAGAAAGAUGAUUGAAACAAUGACGUCUGUUUUGAUACCAGCAGCUGGACAUCUAUAUAUUCUAUUUCUGUUGGUUGUUUUAGACUUAUUUUUUUAUAUCUAUAAACAGUAAAUGUUUUGAUAUCUGUGAGUUUGUGCCAUAAUUAAGUCAAUAGUGUGUGUGUGAUGUGUGGGUGUGAUGUGUGAGGGUGUGUGUGUUGGGUGGAGCAUGGAUGUGUUUGGGUGUGUGUGUUGGAUGGAGUGUGGGUAAGUGGGUGUGUGUGUGUCCUCCACUGUAAACAUUAAGAAAGUUAUGAUCAAUGACCCAAUCAUUGGUGAUGGUGACUAAACAGCUUAAUUUUCUAGUCAUUAUUACAGAUCCCUGUCACAGCUGAUGUUUCUUAAAAGCUGUGUUGUUGAUAAGAUUUUUGUUGUUUAUGGAUUCUAUCACUUGAAGUGUUAAAACAAAUCAGUACUGAUAUAGAAAUAUUAUACACUGUGGACGGAACCAAGGACAUGCAAUUACAUCAAAUCUGAUUUCAGAAUGGAUAAUGAAGGAUCAUACACUCUAUGUAACAGCAUGGAGUGGCAGCAACACUGUGUCACCAUGGUGAUUAGGGUUCAAUUCCUAGAUCGGACAUGAACAGGUUUGGGGUCACUUGUCCAGUCACAUGGGUUUUCUCUGGAGAUACUCAGGGAGAGCCCUCAAUAACUUCAAUCCAGGCCGAUAACACUGGCCGAUCUUAGCUAUAAACAAAUUUACAAUUGUUAUAAUUUAUGCCUGCGAAAGAAAACUUUCCUAAAACUUGUUACAUAAAACUUGUAUGAAUUAAAGCUUAUGUAAGAUCCUA